CAGUCUGUGUUUAAAGGUAAAAUGUACAGCCAGCUGCAGGCACUGCACAUGAACAUAGAGAGUAAGAUCCAGGUCGGAGGCUCGAACCUGGACAUCAGCUACUGGGAGAGUCUAUUGCAGCAGGUGCGAGUCUAAAUGGCACGGGUGAGAAGCUGCAGCUCCACUAAAUUCUCUGCUUCUACUCUGAAUCUGGAACUGUCAUGAAAGUUCUGGAAUCUCUUGUCAUAUGUUUCUGUGUGAAAGAGCCAAUACAUUUUCAUUUGAAGCAUUUAUCAGCAGCUGCAGCAGUGUGACUGUUUGAGAAACUGAGACUGACGUUGCUCUGUAGCAGAGACUUCAAGAACUUUAGGACAUGCUGUUCUUCCUUGUCCUGUCUUUUUGGGUUUCAGCUGUAUUGACUUCGGGCCAGGUUUGGCCAUUGAACAGCACACCACGAAAAACAGUCACUCUGAGUAACAGAGGACAUGUCUUUCAAGAGGAGGGAGUGUGGAAUUACACCACCAUGCUCCUGAUGGAAGAUGAGGGUGUGCUCAUCCUGGGAGCUCGAGAGGCCAUCUUUGCCUUGGACCUCAACAACAUCACACACAAGAAGGCUAUGGUUAAAUGGGCGGUGACUUCAGAGAUGCAGCGCACUUGUAUUUUCAAAGGGAAAACUCAGACUGAUUGUCAUAACUACAUCCGGAUCCUUCAUAAAAUGUCGAACGACACCAUGUUUGUUUGUGGUACCAACGCUUUUAAUCCAACCUGUGAUAUUAUGUCUUAUAAAGACGGCAAGCUGACUCUCGAAGGUAAACAACAAGAUGGGAAAGGAAAGUGUCCAUUUGAUCCUUUCCUGAGAUGCGCCUCUGAAUUUGUCGAUGGAAAGCUGUACUCUGCUACGUAUAAUAAUUUCCUGGGCUUUGAACCAAUUGUGAUGCGCAGCUUAAAUGGCACCAUAAGAACUGAAUACAAGACUUCAUGGCUUAAUGAGCCCAAUUUCAUUGGCAUAAAGCAUGUAGCUGAGGGAGAUGACAACCCAGAGGGGGAUGAUGACAAGAUUUACCUUUUCUUUAAUGAAAGAGCUGUGGAGUACGAUGCCUACAGUAAGAUGGAGGUGUCAAGGGUGGCCCGUGUUUGUAAGGGGGAUGUGGGAGGACAGCGGACAUUGCAGAAGAAGUGGACGUCAUUUUUAAAGACUCACCUGGACUGUCCUGUCCUUCAAACCAGACUACCACUUCUCAUACAGGAUGUGUUCCUCUUCUGCCCAGACACCUGGAAAACCUGUAUGUUCUACGGUGUCUUCACUCCUCAGGGCUGUGAACUUACUAAAAAGGACAUGUCGGAGUACUCAGCAGUGUGCGCUUACAGGAUACAGGACAUUAGGGAAGUCUUCUCUAAAGGCAAAUUCAAAACGCUACACGAUGAUACAUCACUUAGAAAAUGGGUGACAUACUACGGACCUUUGCCUGACCCUCGCCCCGGAGCUUGUAUUAACAGUAAAACAAGGGAGAAAGGGAUUUCAAAGUCUUUGGACCUCCCUGAUAAAACCCUCAUGUUCAUCCGAGACAACCCACUGAUGGAUCAGGCAGUGAAGCCUUCUGAGCAGCCCCUACUGGUGAAGAAAGGAGCUGCAUUUACUUGUAUAGUGGUGGCCAGCACUACUGCCCUGGAUGGGAGCAGCCAUCAGGUCAUGUUUAUUGGCACAGCAAGCGGUUCAGUGCUGAAAGCAGUCAACUAUGACGGAAAGAUGGUGAUAAUAGAGGAGGUGCAGCUCUUUAAGCAGUCCGACCCAGUAAAGAUAUUGCGGCUCUCUAUUUCCCUGGGUCAGCUGUAUGCAGGCUCAGAGGAAGCAACGGUGCAGAUGCCACUUAGUACAUGUGACCAUUACGCUUCCUGUAUGGACUGUGUGCUGGCCAGAGACCCUUACUGCGGCUGGGACCUCAGCGCUGACCGCUGCAUUGCUAUAAAAAACAUUCAUCCAGACACACACAGUGAGGUGGUUCAGAGUCUGAGAGAUGGAAAUGCUGCACGUUGUCCUGCAGUCAAAAGUACUACGAUCAUUAAAACCUUCUAUCCUGGUAACGAGGUCAGGUUGCUUUGCCAGCCAGGAUCAAACCUGGCCCGAGUGCAGUGGAGCUUAAACAAUCACACAAUUCAAAACUCCAACACGUACCACAUUCAGCACAACAACUUGUUGAUCCUCAACGCCUUGGACAGAUACGCCGGAUUCUACACCUGCACCUCUGUAGAGUCCUCCAAUGGUAAAGACUAUGUCAUCCAAACUGCUACAUAUGAGCUGAGGCUGGGGAACUUCAUGGAGCAUCCUUCAGUUCAGCUGCAAGUCCAGAAACUGCAGAACACUCUCUUGGCCCUCAAGAUCCUGGUCAUUAUACCAACACUGAUAUUAUUAGUUCUUGUGGUAUGGAACUUCUACAAAGGGCAUUUUGCUGUCCAGAGAAAGUCAAAAAAAUCUGAGGAAAGUCCACAGAGUGUAUCUGUCUGUCAGGAGCCACUGCAAAUUGUUCAAGAAAGUUCAAGAAAAAUAACAUUUAAAAAAAAAAAAUAAUCCCCUGAUAUGACAAACCAGCAUAAUGGAGACAAAUUGCUCCAGUGAAGUUUAUUUUUUAUUUUGCAGACACCUCAAUGACGAAUCCAACAUAAUCCAGUUUCAUAGCUCAAGACACAUAAUCUGAACUGAUUGGAGAUUUAAAAACAGUUUUAUUACACUUUAUUAUUUCAUUUUAUUUGUAAACUUCAGUAUAUGCUUAAAACCCAAAAACACUGAAACUGGUUUAAGCACAGUAUAUUGUUUUAUACAACCAGUCAUCCAUGGGAUGCCAGCAUAAUUCAUAUUUCCUUCAUAAAUCUGUAUUAUGGAGGAGACAUUGAAUGAGAAUGACCACCGGUUUAGUUUUUUCUUUUUCUUUCUUUUUUAAUUAUUUAUUGAUCAUUUGAGCUAGUGGUAAAUGGUUUUGUGAAGGUCUCUGUGCACUAGAGCCUGUGUAUGUCUUUCCAGACAGGAUACACAAACACUUCUUUCAAAAUCCAUGUCAGAUAACACAUUUAGCACGUCUAGACAUCUACACUGAGCUUUUGACAUGUGUGCCUUUUUCAAACCUCUUGCUGUUGAAGCCUCCAGAUUCAGUACUGUGUUUCCAGGGCAGUAGCCCAAUGACAUUUGCAGGACUUUUUUUUACCUCUCUCUUGAUGUCUUCUUCUUCUUCUACUGCAUAUCCUAUGUAUUUUUUUAAUUUAUUCUAACAUUUUGUGAGCAUUUUUUACUGUAAAAUAAACUGUGAAUGUGUUUGUCUAA